AUGUGGGCAGCGCUGUGUGAGAUCUACGAGCGACGCCAAGAUCCCACGAUCAAGGAAAGUGUCAUCUUGCGCAAGUCUGAGAAGCUGAGAGAUCUGAAGUGUCCACCAUCUGGUGAUGUUGAAAUUCACCUGGCGAAAAUGUUCCGCCUUAGAACCGAAUUGGCGAGCUACGGCUAUGAGGUCAACAGUAUCAACAUGAAGGCCAUGAUGCUGGACAGUCUACCGGACCAGUACGAAUAUGAGCAACUACGUGGUGCGGUUAAGUACGGUGGGUCUGGUGGCUCGAUGACUCCGGAGAGCCUACGCGUACUUAUCGAGCAGGCCGCCGAGCGUCAGUUACGACGCAAGGAGCGCGGUGCUCAUGGAACUGGCGGCGGCGGACGGCCGCAGUCGAAGAAUGGAGGAGGGCGCGGGCAGCGUGAUGGCGGCGGUGAAGGUCGUCAGGGACGCACGGGCGCCAGUGGUGCAAGGGCCAGAAGUGGUGGCAGCCGGAAGUGCUUCAG